CACUACAAUUCUACCGGGGAGCAGGCGGAGUCUGCAUCUAUAUCCCAGGAUUCGAAGAUCGCGUGGCGACUUGAUCGAUUACUAAGGCUAGAAUUUGGUCGAGCGGCCAUGAUAGGGUUUCAGAGAGAUUGAAGGAGAGAAUGUCCAGAUUAUUCGCGAAAUUGUCGGGAUUUUUCCGCUCUAGAACUCUCGUUGGCGUCGACAAAACCGGUAAUCGCUACUUCACCAGAAACGAGGUGGUCGAUGGAAUCAUGAAGGAGAAAAGAUGGGUGCUAUUCAAAGGAGAACAGGAUCCUACUUCCAUACCCGUGGAGUGGAUAUGUUGGUUGAAUGGCCAGAGAAAGAGAGCUCCCACUCCCGAGGAAAUGGCCGAGCUAGAGGCUAAGCGCGAGCGAGUUAAACAGAAUGUUGCAUUGUUGAAGAAAGAAGAGGAAGAGAAGAGGUUAGCAAAUGCUGCUCACCUACCAAGCAGGACUAUAGGCAAAGGUACUUCUCCAGAUCUUGAGAGCUUCAUCAAGCAAUUCCCUGGCGCAUCUGAUAUCCAAAGAAGAGGAAGUGAGAAAGUAUCUGUUACAGCUGAUGAUGAAUUAAGUGAAGAGAGGUUCUCUGAGCCAACUGGUUCUGGAUUAUCAUUCAAACCAGGAACAUGGCAACCUCCCACUUGAAUUAACCAACCUCCUGAAUCCAAACUACUUUACAAUUAGCUCAUCAGAACAGGUACUUCUGAGCU